AUGUGUGGAGAGAUGAUUCUGAUCGAAGAAAAAGGCAGAUCAUGGACUGUAGACUUGAAACGAAAGAACUCAUGUCCAACUACUUACAUCAAACGAGGAUGGAGAAGUUUCUGUAAUGCCAAUGGAUUUAGAGCUGGAAGUUUCUUUACUUUCAAACUGUUUCAAAGAGGUGGAACUCUAGGUUUACGUUUAUUCCAUAGAGAGUUAGAAGAAGAAGCUAUGCCAAUAGAGUGUCUUUCCACAGAACCUGACCGUAACCAAAACGAGAGAAGCUCACAGAUAUGGAAAGAUUCUUCUUCACCAUCUCAAAACCGUUUUGUGACAAUUCUUUAA